GUCUGGUUGAAAUGAUCGGCAAGCUGUCCUUGGCUAUGUCUCUAUUUCACAUUCACAUGCUAGAUCUACGAUGAUUACUAUCGGCAAUUGUGAAGUUCACAUGGAGCAAAAGGUUGAUGCGGUGAUGGUCAUAUCAGCUACACAAGUCAUAUCAGCUACACAAGAGAAAUUAAAGAGGGAAGAUUCUCGGGUCAAUCAUGAAGGCAGAAGCAGUUGAAUCAGGUGAAGCAUCCACGAUCAUUGCAGCUCCAAAACGAGGGAUUAAUAGAGGGAUCUCAAUAGCAGACCUCAUUUUAAGAGGUGUAGCGGCUAUUGGGACUUUUGCAAGUGCUUUGACCAUGGGAACUACUACUGAAACACUUACAAUUUUCACACAACCCAUCAUGAUCAGGGCUAAAUAUAAUGAUCUCCCCUCCCUAACGUUUUUUGUGAUUGCAAAUUCUAUUGUAUGUGGGUAUCUUGUUCUUUCCAUCCCCCUAUCUAUCUCCCACUUCAUCAGGAGAGAAGCAAGAAUCACCAGGAUUAUCUUGGUCAUCCUUAAUACGGCAAUGGUGGAACUUCUCACUGCUGGGGCUUCAGCUGCAACAGUCGUUGUAUACUUGGCACACAAGGGGAAUGCUAAUGCAAAUUGGUUGGCAAUCUGUCAACAAUUCAAUAAUUUCUGUGAGCGAAUAUCUGGAUCUUUAAUAGGCUCUUUUGCCUCAAUAAUUAUGAUUAUGCUGAUGAUCAUCGCGUCAGCUGUGGCUCUUUCGCGGCACUAAUGAAUUAUAAAUGCGAUGCAUGUAUCCGUACUGUCAUUAAGUCUCUGUUCUUAGAUCAUAUGUAUCUAUAUUUCUUGAUUAGUAUAUUAUAAGAUGUUGUCACUGAAAAUAUCCAGAGCUUGUGUAUUUGUGGUAAGAAACUAGGAGUGUGGUAUUAUACAUGCAUGUUAUGUCCAGCCACUUGAUAAAUGCCUAACGGAGCCUACGACUACAAUUUAUUGGAGGCAUGAACAUUUUUCACGAUCGAAGCCUUGAAUGCUUUUUCUCCAAA